AUGGAUUAUUUAUAUUAUUUUUGUGUUAUUGUCAUUGGGGUUUCACUUUUAUAUAUUAUUCAACAUUUAUAUAACAACACCAACAAUACCAAUACCAACGCCAACAAUAACGCCUACGCCAACUCCAACGCCAACGUCAAUGCUGAUACCAACGCCAACGCCAACGCUAACACCAACGCCAACUCCAACGCUAAUGCCAAUGCUGAUGCCAACGCCAACGCCAACGCCAACGCCAACGCCAACGCCAACGCCAACGCCAACGCCAACGCCAACGCCAACGCCAACGCCAACGCCAACACCAAUGCCAAUUCCAAUGCUGACACCAACACCAACACCAACACCAACGCCUAUUCCAAUGCUGACUCCCCUGGUUAUAGACAAAAAAAUCAACAACAAAAAAAUCAACAACAACAACAACAAAUAGAACAAGAACCAGACCUAGAAAUAAUGCAAGAAAGUCUAAAAAUACAACAAGGUCUAAUACGACUAAAAAAUUUGAAACAAGGACUAGGAAUAAUGAAACUAGAACUACAACACCUAGAAAUACGAAAAAGAAAACUACAACUAGAACUACAAUUAGAACUACAACGACUACAACGACUACAACAAAAACAACAACAACAACAACGUGAUCUAGAACUAGUACAACUAGUCCGAAAAAUACAACAAAGACUAAAACAACUACAACUAUCACUACAACAACCAAAUCCACAACCAACACCAACUCCACAACCAACACCAACUCCACAACCAACACCACAAAACUCACCAUACCCAUGUACAUACCGUUAUGGAUUUAAUCUUUUUCAAUUUGCCAAGGGAACAAACAAACAGCAUUCAUUCGUUUUGGUCCUCAGCAUUAUCAUCAGCAGCAGCAUUCAUCAGCAGCAUUUAUAUGCAACAUUCAUCCUCAGCAUUCAUCUUGGUCCUCAUCAGCAUCCUCACCGGCAUUCAUCUUGGUCCUCAUCAUUAUCAGCAGCAUUCAUCAUCAGUAUUCGUCUUGGUACUCAGCAUUAUCAUCAUCAGCAUCCUCACCGGUAUUCGUCUUGGUCCUCGGCAUUAUCAUCUUGGUCCUCAGCAUUAUCAUCAUCAUUAAUAUUGAUUUAUUGGACCAUUGGUUUCAGAUUUAAAGAUAGAUACCUAAACUCAACAUCCAAGACAUCAAUUUUCUUUUCUUCAUAA